ACGUGUGAGUGAGUGCUUGGGUGUGUGUGCGUGUGAGUGGACACUGGCCUGUGGUUGGGCCGGCCAAAAUGCCAAAAUGCGAAAUUGCGAAGAGGCCGAAAAGCAAUGCGAACGGGGAAGCCAAAGCGAGAGGACUUCUUCGCCGCCGUCUUGGCCGUUAUUAAUCAUUGUACAUUUGGCUGUCACCGAAAAAGGCCGCGAAUUUCGCAACAGAGAGUAGGAGUGAAAGAGAGAGCGCGAGUCGAGCCGAGAGAAAGACAGCGAGAGAGAGGGAGAGAGAGCGAAUCACGCACACCUACGGCCACGUAAAAGAAACAUAAAACGACAACUACAACUACGAAGACGGACUGACCAGCGCACACAACCACCACCGUACAAAAUCGCCAGUGGACGUGAGUGUGUGUGCCAGUGUGUGAGUGAGAACGAAACGCCGCAUUUCGUGGACGUGCGACUUUAAAUUUCCCGUGACGUCGCCGCCGCCGAAGUCGUCGCCGUGCGGAAAUUCGCCGCGCUAAAAUCAAAAUUCACCCAAGUCCGCCGCGGUAGUUUGUCGCCGCACGCUAGCCGCUCAGGUUCGCACAUCGACGUCACAGCGACGCUGCGUUCCAGCCGCACAAUAUCGCAAUAUCCUUCGACGAGCGCGAGAGAGAGGUCGCACCGCACCGCAUGUCCUUCCGCCUGCCGCUAAAAUUCGCACGCCACAGCGGCAAAUAAUCGCAUCGCAAGAAAGUGUUCGAUUGUGUUUUGAACGAGAACUUACAACCAAAAUAUGAACAAUAACAUUAACUGAAAUCAAUGUGAAAAUUAUUAAGUGUUUUUAAUAUCGCUGGUCGACCAAAAACAAUACUAAAUAGCUGUGUUAUCAGAGCUCAUUUGGCUAAAACCGAACUUCUCCCGCCUUCACUGGAAGGCCCAGAUCAUAUUUUUCCCGGAAGUUUACUUAAAAGACGCCAAGCUGUUCGACAACGGCCUCAAGUUGGAUAUUUCCAGCUACCCCCACAUGAACAUCCGCAUGGGCACCAAGGGCAAGCGGCCGCUGCGGAGCCUGACGCCCCGCGACAAGAUCCACGCCAUCCAGCGGAUCCACGAUGGGGAGUCAAAGGCCUCCGUCGCAAGGGAUAUCGGGGUGCCGGAGUCCACGCUGCGCGGCUGGUGCAAGAACGAGGACAAGCUGCGCUUCAUGUCCCGCCAGUCCAGCGGGGACAGCCUGUGCGCCGACUCCCUGGCAGAUAAACUGGAUGGAGGAGGAGGAGGUGUUGGCACUGGAGGAUCGGGCGGGAUGCUGGGUCCCCCGGAGAAGCGACAGCGCUUGGAGGCCGCCCUGCCCCUGAACUUCUCCAACAAACUCAAGUUCGACGAGCUGGCCUUCAAGCGAUCGCCGCUGAAUGGCUUGGACUACAGUACAAACAAGAACCUCGCUGAACUGGGAUACAAUGGCAUGCCCGUGGAUUAUGCCGCCUUCAAUGGCGGGGUGAAGGCCAAGGUCUUUGGGGCGGACAUCAACAGACAGGCCGCCGCGGCAGAUCCCUCCCUGAACGCCAUCAGUCCGCUCUCCAGUCUGACCCACCUGUCGGGUCUCACGGGCAUCUCGCAAUCCCCGCUGGCGAUCAGCUUCAGCGAGCUGACCACCAACCUCAACCUGCUGGCCCAGCUGAAUCCCGGCCUGGCGGCCAUGUCGGGUCUGAGCAGCUUCCCGCCGGGCGGCGCUGUGAGUCUGAGGAACCAGAAGCCGGGUGGCCAGACGCCUCUGCAGAUCCAGAGUCCGCGGAGCGACAGUGGCGACCGGGGAUCGCAGGGACUGUCCGUGAAGAACUGGGCCAAACAGAAGCCGGGCGAACAGGGUGGUCAGGCGGGCAGCCUUAAUCUGAGCAUCAAGAACGAGGCGAAGGGCGGCGAGAUCAAGAGUCCGAGUCCCUCGAUCGCUCCCUCCCAGCUGGGUGGCCCCAUGACCCUCUCCAAUCUGGCAGAGGAUCCGCUGCUCUACUGGCUGAAGUCGCAGCAAACCAUGUUGGGUCUGAAUCCCCUGUAUCCGCCCACGAUUCCCAUGGGCGUGACCAGUCCGCCGAUCCGAUCCUCCACGCCGCAGCACAUGAGUCAGCAUGCCCAGACCCCGCCCAUUCCCUCCGCCCCCCUCACCCCCUCCUCCACGCCCUCCGGAAGUUUGGAUGAGAAGAACGCGGCGUGGUACAACUGGUGUAAGGCAUUUGGUGCCAGUUUGCACACCUUGAAUCCCAAUGCUGCUACUCUAGCUGCCCUGCAAGCGAACUCCAUGCAACAGCAGGUGGCAGCUGCAAAUAUUGAGGGAGGAGGAGGAGGGGUAGGAGGAGGUGGUGCGGGUGGAGCAUCUCUAAGCGAUCCCUCGAACAUCCUGUACUCGCAUCUCACCAAGGAGACUGAAACCCCGUCGGUGCGAAGUCUCUCCUCCAACGAACAGAAUCCCGAGAACGACGAGGCCACGGAACCCGAUCUCGAUGGCGAGGGAGAGGGAGAGGGGGAAAGAGAAGGAUCAGGCAAGCCGGAGGAUCUCUCUGCCGCCGGCAAGGUGAUGACCCCCUCCCAGAGUCCCGUUGAGCGUUCCCGCGGCAGCAGAAGUCCCGAGCCGAGAACCAAGGUCAAGGGAGCAGAAACCCCAAAGGCAAGCAGUGAAUGCAAGAACAUCCUGGACAACAUGCUCUUCAAGAUGGGAGGAAUGCAACCGGAAACGGGCUCCGAAUCCGAGGGCAGCUUCCAGGACACCUCCAAUCCCCACACCAACAACAACGACGUGAGUGCCAGCAAUAACAACAACAACAACAACUCGAACAAGACGGACGAGGAGGAGAAGGCCAAGUAUCUGGACUGCACCGCCGACGAGGACAUCGAGGCCAUCCGGCAUGGCGAGAAGUUCCUGCAGUGGCUGGAAAACUGCAGCAAUCCCCGCGUGACGGCGGUGCAGCUGAUGCAACUCCGCUUCCUGCUGGCCGCCAUCAAGUCGGGCAACGAGACGCCGCCGAUGGAGAAGUCCUGCCCGAAGAUCCCGACAACGGAUCCGGAGAAUGCGGAGGACAAUGCCGAGGAGGAGGGCAGUGGGCGGGGCAAGAGUCGCCGUCGCAAAUAGGAAAAGCCAAAGUUGGCGCCCACGGAGCCAGCCACGGAUACAGAAACGGAUGCCGGGGAAUCUGGAGAGUCAGGAGAAUCUGGAGGAGAAUCUGGGGAAUCCCUCAUCGCAGCAGGAUGUUCCGACGGAGGAGGAGGAGGAUCCUGCCAGGGGCCACACACAUACGCGCCGGCCGUCUACCGAUCGUCGGCCACUCUGCUCAGCUCCCUGUUUCCCCCCUACGAAUUUGUACAUUGCGACCUCGACGACGAUCCGGACGACUGCCAAAUCACUGGCGAGUACCAGCAGUUCGACGAACUGAGCUCCAGCAGCUAGACAACCCGGAUAACCAAUACAACCGGACAACCGGAUAACUGGACAACUGGACAACCGGAUAUCCGGACAAAUCCACACUGAAUUUAUCUCCUAGCUGUGAAUCCUAUCGAGCAUACCUUUCGGUCUCUUUCAAUUCCAUUGUAUUGUAUUAACUAAUCGUACGGUCAAAGUGUAUAUAUCGAGAAUCCCUAUUCUAUAGCUAUUACUUAACUCAUUUGAAACGGAAAGGAGCAAUUGGUUUUGUGUCGCCACCACACAUCUCACCCGAAAUGCAUUCUAGAUAAAAAUGUUAUAGCCUUUAUUUUUUGUUACGAAACAACCUUUUCGAACUGCGAGGUGUGUUGGCGCGAGUAAGUAACAUGCAUUUGAUAUCAAACGUUUUUAAAUUUCGUAUAUCGAUAACUAUGGAAUGUGCUCAAAAGAAUUUUCUUAAUUCGGAAUUAAUGCGAUAUUUAAAUA